UUUUAAAACCUCCCAAAAAAUCAUUAAACCAAAUCCCUCUUCAUUCCGCCGACGCUCCUAAGCCCCAAAACCCCUUCUUCCGGGCACAUCAAUGGCGAUCCAAGAGCAGCUCCUCCCCUUCAAACUCCACUUCGCCGUCGUCGCCGUCGCUGCCAUCAUAAUCACGUGCUUCAUUUACCUCGGCCCCACUUUCUCUUCUCUCGUCGGCUUCUUCUGGCCCCUCCUUCUCUCCACCACCUUCUUGCUAGCCGCCGUCGCCGUCCUCCUCAGGAUCUCACCGCCACCGCAUACGGACGUCGCCGCCUGCCGCGCUGGCGAUGACAUCAUCGACUUCGUCGCCGGAACUCAUUACGAGCAGCUCGCGGGCGCAGCAGCAGUGGAAGAGAGGCCGAUCCCGAAAGCUCUGUAGCCACCUGGUGCGAUCUGAGUGGUUGCCGUACUGAUAAGCUGUAAAUUUGAAAUAAAUGAAGGGCAAUUUGGGAAUUCCGGUAGUGCUUCUAGUUUCUUCUUAUCUUUUUUGGGUUCGAUUGAACCGGGUUUACCUGCUUUCUCCAUUAUUCUGAGUCGGUUUGGUCUUCUGCUAUGUAAUUUGGAGCUCAUAGAGCUCUUAAUAGCAUAUAUAAAUUUAUUUAACGA